CCUGCAACCUCAACCUCAACCUCAAUCUCAAUCUCAAUCUCAAUCUCAAUCCUGAAUGGUGACGUCCACGUGUGGAAAAAUAGUGGCUCUCAUUCUCUCUCUAAGUAGAAGUAGAAGUAGAAGUAGAAGUGAGGGAUAUAUUAUAGAGGGAGAGUGUCGACAUUUGGCUUGAGGUACUUUGGUUGUGAGAAUAGUGGCCUACACAGUGAGUGAGUGAAACAGAGAUACUGAGUUGCAGGGACAAAAGGGAGAGAUUACAAAAAAGGGAUUUUAGAGAAGAAAGAGAGUGGGAUUGCUUGCUUGGGUUGCGAGAGACAACGCCCGAGGCCCGAAUUUAAGAUAGAGACCGCAUCACUUGCACCUUCAGAGAGACCACUUCUUUAUCAAGAAUUUUAGAGAGGGAAUACCUUUUUGCAGUAGUGAGAGACAGCUACAUAGAGUGGUGGUUUUUGCAUCCAUAUCUGCACCUAGAGUUAGAGAGAGGCGUUGCGGCCACGGCCAAGCCAUGGCGCCACCACCACACAAGCUGCCGACCUACGAGUUUGAGUGGGGGCCAGCCCCCUCCAUCUCCAUCUCCACCUCCACCUCCACCUCCACCUCCACCUCCACCUCCACCGUCCACUCUCCCUCCAUCAAGGGCAACAGCAACUCCACGCCAUCCAUGCGCAUGAUGAGCUUCUCCCCCCAACUCAUCGCCAUGCUCAUUGCCGUCAUCGCCGCCUUCCUCCUCGUCGCCUACUUCCGCCUCAUCUCGGCUCACCUCCUCCCCCAGCUCCGCCGCCUCCUAUCCAAGCUCCACCGCAUCUUCCGCCGUCGCCGCAGGCGCCGCCGCGGCUGGGGGCCGGAUUCGGGCAACUCCUCUCCGGACACGCAUGCCGUCAUCUUCCACGGCCACCACGACGCCACUGCCACCGUCCAGAUCUUCUCGUCGUACGGCCUCGACGACACCGCCAUCAAGACCAUCCCUCUCUUCCUCUACGCCGAUGGAAACCGCUACGUGACGGACGGGAGCCGUGACUGCCCCGUCUGCCUCCUGGAGUUUGAAGAGAACGACUACCUACGCGUCCUCCCCAAAUGCUGCCACGUAUUCCACACCGACUGCAUCGACAUGUGGCUCCGGUCCCACGCCAACUGUCCCCUCUGCCGGGCAGGCAUCUUUCCGCCGGAAUACUCCUACCCACGCCGGAAUAUUCUCCUCCCGUUGGAGUCUCCCUUCGUCCCGGCCAUGGCCGCAAGGAUAAGGCCCAGCCUCGAUGAUGUCAUUCUCGCUGGAAUCCUGUCUCCGCCACCACGGCAGCCAACAGAACCCGACACGCUGGCGGAGAUCACUGUCGUGAAUGGGUCGCCCGAAAAUGACGCACAAGCGGGGGAAGACGGCCACACACGACGUAACUUUUUGCUGAAACGAUCGUAUUCGUUUGGAUUUGAGCGGAAUCUGACAUCAUCGCCGGGGCGGUUUUCCAGGGGCAGUGGGCUGUGGAGCAAGAGGCUGACGUCCCCGUUCACAGGCUCAAGCAAAGCUAGGGUUUUCUCGUUCCGUUACUACAGGGGGUUGAGGUCGCCGUUUUUCAGGAGGCGGAGCUCGCUCAGUAACGCAGGCUUCUUCCCUCUAUCGGAGUCUCACUCGCGUUUCGGUGGCGGAUCGUCGAGGCGGAGCCGCUCCAUGACGAGCCCCAUAUUUCGGCCCGUCAAUGUCAUUUCGUCCAGUCGCUUGAGAUGCGGUGACCCUGAAGCCCUGCUGUCACCGGAAAGGCUCAAUCGUCGCUAGCGUGACACAUCAUAUCUCCGGCGAAUUAAGUGAGCUUCUGCGCAGCCACGUGGCGUGCUUUGGCGAUGGAGGCCAAAAUCCCCACCGGUGCGGCCGUGGAAGCUGUGACAGGGCGGAGCAAUGCAACUGCGCCACCGCGAAAAAUUGAUUUUUUGUGGUGGCGAAAUUUCGUUGACGAAAAGGGACGAGCUUUAAUGAGAAGGAAGAGGACUUAAUGAGGGGCGUGCUUUCUUAACGUGCACAUUCAAUGGGGGCAGGUGGGUGAAUUAAUGGCUUUUUGUUUUGGGUUUGCUGAAACUCAUAAAUGAGAGGUGAUUAAGCUAAGCUCACUGUUAAUUCCGCCAUUAGUAUUUUUAAUUAAAUGGUUUUUAAUGUGGGUUUCCUUUUCUGUAAAUUCCAUUGAUGGUGUAUGCUCUCCUUCUAUGCAAGGAUUAGAGGCUUUAAAAAACACACUGAUCCGUCCAAGUCACCAUCAGGACCGCCGAUCCACAUAGGUUUUUCACAGGUUUUUUAGAAUGUAUAUUAAAUUGCAUUAAUGCUUUUGAUCAUUAUUAUUGUAUUCUAUUUGCCUCUUGAAUUAGUAUACA